AUGGUCCCCAAAACCAUGGUUUCCAACGAGGUUUAUUUGUUGCCGCUUAACGACGACGGCUCGCCCCAGGUCGCGGGCGAGUACGUCUACCUGGCCCCUAAGAAUAACGACCCAAUCACCAUCCGAUUCGCGAUCGAGGGUACUUCCAGCAUAUGCCGCCAUGGAAGCUUGUGGGUCAACAUCCCGGAGCAGGGCGCCGAGUUCCGCCGUGACAAGUUCCGGGAGUUUAAGCUUGUCCCAGACUUCAAUCGCACGAUUGAGAUCUCCAUUCCCAUUUACGAAGUUGGUGCCUACGCUUUCUACACCACCUACGCCGAGCUGCCCGAUCUAGCCAACGAAUUGAACUCUUCUAGCGACAAUUCCGAGCCCGAAACAAAAACGACACCAUGGUACUACAUCGACGUAGCCCCUCGGCUGUCCCUCGAUGGCCAGCCACUGCCCCUGCCCGCCCUGUCCGUCUUCUCCCUGAUCAGCAAGUUCAUGGGCAGGUACCCUCAGGACUGGGAACGCCAUCUCAGGGGUAUCAGUGACCGCGGCUACAACAUGGUCCACUUCACCCCUCUUCAGGUCAGGGGCGAGUCCAACUCACCUUACAGCUUGUACGACCAGCUCGGUUGGGAUCCUACCUGCUUUCCCGAAGGAGAGAAGGACGUUGCGAAGAUGGUGGAAAGCUUGGAAAAGAAUCACUCCCUACUAAGCUUGACGGAUAUCGUCCUAAAUCACACGGCCAACAACAGCAAGUGGCUCGAGGAGCACCCGGAAGCUGGCUACAACUUGACAACAGCCCCAUGGCUGGAGUCUGCCUACCUCCUCGACACCAAGCUGCUCGAGCUGAGCUCCAAAUUGCAGGAACUUGGGCUGCCCACCGAAGUCAAGGAGCUGGACGACGUUGUGAAGAUUAUGGAGGGCGUCAAGAAGGAGGUUGUGGCUGCGAUCCGCUUGUGGGAGUACUACGUAAUCGAUGUCGACCGGGACGCUGAUGCGGCGGUUGAGUCUUGGGCGUCUGGCAAGACUACGUUCCCCGAGAAUGCCGGCAGCCUCGACUCAUUGAGCUCCGCGACGCCUGAAGAGCUGGCAAAGUGGCUCGUGGAACACGGCAUUCAGGGGACUGACCGUCUCGGUGAACGAUUCCGCAGGAGAGCAGACCCCUCCAUUGCCGCGGCCCUUCUUUCCACCUUGUUCAAGAAGGAGGAUGGGAACACCGACCAGGCGGCUGUCCGCAAGAAGGCUGCCGAAAUCCUCGAUAUCGUCAACGUGGAAUACUACAAAGAAUACGACGCCGAAGUGAGCGAUAUCCUCCAGCAGCUUUUCAACCGUAUCAAGUACGUUCGCCUCGAGGAUAAUGGGCCAAAAUUGGGGCCAAUUAAUGAGGAAAAUCCUCUGAUUGAGUCUUACUUCACCCGGCUGCCCCAGAACGAAGUCACCUCGAAGCACAAGAAAGAGGACUUGGUUCUUGUCAACAACGGAUGGGUCUGGGGGGGCAACGCACUGGUAGACAAUGCCGGCCCCGAAUCUCGGGUCUACCUUCGCCGGGAGGUCAUCGUCUGGGGCGACUGCACCAAACUGCGAUACGGCUCCGGGCCCGAGGACAGCCCCUGGCUGUGGGAGCACAUGACCAACUAUGCAAAGAUGCUCGCCAAGUAUUUUGCCGGUUUCCGCAUCGACAACUGCCAUUCAACUCCCAUCCAUGUGGCUGAGCACAUUCUUGAUGAGGCCCGACGGGUCCGGCCCGACCUCUACGUCGUCGCUGAGCUGUUCAGCGGCUCUGAGGAGAUGGAUUACGUGUUUGUCAAGCGCCUCGGUUUGAGCGCACUGAUUCGUGAGGCCAUGCAGGCCUGGAGCACCGGCGAAUUGAGCAGGCUGGUCCAUCGCCACGGCGGGCGGCCGAUCGGUAGCUUUGAGGUGGACGAAAUCUCCAGCGCCGAAGUGCGCAGCAGCGGCCAGGACCAGGGCGACGCUGCUACAAACGAUGGCCAGUAUACCCGUGAGAUCAUCCGGCGCAUCAAGCCUGUUCCCGUUCAAGCCCUUUUCAUGGAUUGCACGCACGACAAUGAGGUCCCGGCUCAGAAGCGCGACGCUCGGGAUACACUACCCAACGCGGCCCUAGUUAGCAUGUGUUCUAGUGCGACUGGCAGUGUAAUGGGUUACGAUGAAAUCUAUCCCAAGCUCAUUGAUCUCGUCGGAGAGACCCGACUCUACACCUCGGAGUCGUCUAAGGCCCCGGUGAAGGUUGGGGAAGGCAAGGGCGGCAUUGCCGGAGUGAAGAAACUUCUCAACCAGAUCCAUACCCUGAUGGGUAUGGACGGUUAUGACGAGACGCACAUCCACCAUGAGGAUCAAUAUGUCACCGUCCACCGAGUUCACCCGGAGUCGCGAAAGGGUUACUUCCUCAUAGCCCACACGGCUUUCCCGGGGUACGGAAACGGGAACGGCGCCUUCAACCCCGUUAAGCUGACCGGCACCAAGGCCAAGCAUCUCGGCAGCUGGAUGCUUGAAGUUGAUACCAGUCAGGAGGUUAUUGACGAGGUGCUGAGUGAUAAACGGCAUUUGCGUGGUUUGCCCAGCCGCCUUAUCGGUGUUCCGGGCAUCCGGCUCGAGGUCAAGGGCGAUGAUACCAUCAUUACCGUCCGCGACAAGUUCCCACCCGGCAGCAUCGCCUUGUUCGAGACUUGGAUCCCCGCGGCGGAGCACUCGAGUGGCUUCGAUACUUUUGUUACGUCAGGCGCCAAGGCUGCGGUGGAAGAGCUCGACCUCGUCGACCUCAACUUUUUGCUUUACAAAUCCGAGCCGGAGGAGCGGGAUGCGAGCGAGGGCCGCGAUGGUGUUUAUGACAUUCCGGGGCAUGGCAAACUUGUGUAUGCCGGCUUGCAAGGAUGGUGGAGUAUUCUUCAGGACAUCAUACGCGACAACAACCUCGCCCACCCCCUCUGUCAGAAUCUGCGUGAUGGCCAGUGGGUUCUCGACUACAUAGUCGGGAGGUUGGAACGCGCCUCGCAGCAAGAGCUGUUCAGUCGCCUCGGAAAGCCCGCCGCCUGGAUCCGGGAGCGGUUCGACGCCAUCCGCAGCAUCCCCAGUUUCCUUCUUCCGCGCUACUUUGGCCUUGUCCUCCGCACCAUUUACACGGCUGCCACGGAAAGGGGUAUCUCGCUCAUGAGCGACGACAUCCGCAACGGGCAAUGGUUCGCUCAGAGACUGGCUUUGGUCAGCGUGCAGCAGACCGGUCUCGUAAAGUCGGCUUCUCUCUAUCCCAACCAUCUUGUCCCCUCGCUCGCUGCGGGGCUGCCGCACUUUGCGGUGGAAUGGGCGCGCUGCUGGGGGCGUGAUGUCUUUAUCUCCUUGCGGGGUCUCUACCUCGGUACCGGCCGGUUUGAUGAGGCUAAAGAGCACAUCCGUGCCUUUGCGAGCGUGUUGAAGCACGGGAUGAUUCCCAACUUGCUCGGGAGCGGCAAUACCCCCCGGUACAACGCUCGAGACUCUGUCUGGUUCUUUUUGCAGUGUAUUCAAGACUACACGCGUCUCGCACCGAACGGCUUGUCUUUACUUGACGAGAAGGUUAAGAGACGCUUUCUGCCGUAUGACGACACCUGGUUCGCUUCGGACGAUUCUCGGGCGUACAGCAAGGAAAGCACCAUCCGCGAGGUCAUCCAGGAAGUGUUCCAGCGUCAUGCCGAAGGGAUGAAGUUCCGCGAGGCCAACGCCGGCCCGAACCUUGACAUGCAGAUGAAAGACAACGGUUUCAACCAGGAAAUCAAGGUCGACUGGACCAAUGGGUUCGUCUUUGGCGGUAACCAGGAUAAUUGCGGUACCUGGAUGGACAAGAUGGGCGAGAGCGAUCGUGCAGGGUCCAAGGGUGUGCCGGGAACGCCCCGUGAUGGCGCCGCCGUAGAGAUCACCGGUCUCCUCUACAGCUCCCUCAACUGGGUUGCCACCCUGAACGAACAGGGCAAAUAUGCGGAAUCCUCCGUCCGCAAGGCCGAUGGAUCUGAGAUCACCCUCCGUGGCUGGGCAGACCUCAUCAAAGACAACUUUGAGCGCUGCUAUUUUGUCCCCAUCGCACCCGAUGAGGACGCACAGCACGAUGUCAACCCAUCCGUCAUCAACCGACGCGGCAUCUACAAGGACCUGUACCGUUCCGGUAAAGAGUACGAAGACUACCAACUACGCCCCAACUUCCCCAUCGCCAUGACCGUUGCACCGGAGCUUUUCGACCCCUCGCACGCCAUGCACGCACUCUGCAUCGCCGACACCGCCCUACGCGGGCCCACGGGUAUGGCCACCCUCGACCCGUCCGAUCUCAACUACCGGCCAUACUACCGCAACAGCGAGGACAGCGAGGACUUCGCGACAUCCAAGGGGCGCAACUACCACCAAGGCCCCGAGUGGUUGUGGCCGACGGGCUUCUUCUUGCGCGCGUUGCUCAAGUUCGACCUGAGGCGCCGUGCCAAGAAUGACGCUGAGGGUCGCACGGAGGCGUUCCAGCAGGUGACGAGGCGGUUGAAGGAGUGUAAGGAGAUGAUCCGGCGCAGCCCAUGGGCGGGGUUGACUGAGUUGACCCAGAAAGCGGGAGAAGAAUGCCAUGACUCGUCCCCUACUCAAGCAUGGUCUGCUGGCUGCCUCAUCGACUUGUACAUGGAUGCGGCCGAGGAACAGGCCAAAGUGGACGAGGGUCAGGCCCUGCCGCUGAGAUGA